AAUCCUAAAACCAAAGAGCAGAUUGAAAAUCUGUUACGAAAUGGGAAGAAUAAGGAGCUGCGUGAUCGUCUGUGCCGCAGGCUGACCUUUGGGACCGCCGGUCUCCGUUCCGCCAUGGGGGCUGGCUUCUGCUACAUCAACGAUCUUACCGUGAUCCAGUCGACCCAGGGCAUGUACAAAUACCUUGGGCAAUGUUUUUCUGACUUCAAGCAACGUGGCUUUGUGGUAGGAUAUGACACGCGAGGCCAGGUGACCAGCAUGUGCAGCAGCUUCAGACUUGCCAGACUCACAGCAGCAGUCCUGCUUGCAAAGGGAGUUCCUGUUUACUUGUUCUCAAGAUACGUCCCCACGCCUUUUGUGCCGUAUGCGGUCCAAGAGCUCAGAGCGGUCGCGGGGGUGAUGAUUACAGCUUCCCACAACCGUAAAGAAGACAAUGGCUACAAGGUCUACUGGGAAAACGGUGCUCAGAUCACAUCCCCGCACGAUAAGGAGAUCCUGAAAUGCAUUGAAGAAUGUGUGGAGCCGUGGAACGACUCCUGGAACGAAAAUCUGGUGGACUGCAGCCCUCUCGCUCGAGACCCCCUGCAAAAAAUCUCUGCAAGCUACGUGGAGGACCUGAAAAAAAUCUGCUACCACCGAGAGCUGAACGCAAAGACCCCCUUGAAGUUUGUGCACACCUCUUUCCACGGGGUGGGGCACGACUACGUGCAGCUGGCUUUCCAGGCCUUCGGCUUCCAGCCCCCCAUUCCUGUCCCCGAACAAAAAGACCCCGAUCCAGAUUUUUCCACGGUCAAAUGUCCCAAUCCCGAAGAAGGAGAAUCGGUGUUGGAACUGUCUUUGCGGCUGGCGGAGAAAGAGGGAGCGCGAGUGGUCGUGGCUACGGAUCCUGAUGCGGACAGGCUAGCGGUGGCUGAACAACAGGAAAAUGGCCGCUGGAAAGUCUUCACCGGCAACGAGCUGGCUGCCUUGUUUGGCUGGUGGAUGUUCAAAUGUUGGAAGGAAAAUUGCCCCAAGGAAGCCGACGUGAAGAAAGUUUACAUGUUGGCCACCACUGUCUCCUCCAAAAUCCUGCGGGCCAUCGCUCUCAAGGAAGGGUUUAAUUUUGAAGUGCUGCCCGUGAGCAAAAACAGCCAGAUGAUCACCUUCACCUUUCAAAAUGGCUGCGUGGCCACUCUCCGGACCAGUGGAACCGAACCAAAGAUCAAAUACUAUGCCGAGAUGUGUGCGCCGCCAGGGCAGAGCGAUGUCACCUUGUUGGAAGAGGACCUCACGAAGCUCAUCGGAGCCCUGGUGGAGCACUUUCUGGAGCCCAGCAAGAACCAACUCACCUGGCGCUGUGUGUAGCAGCCACCACCCCCCUCCCCUCCCCCCGGCCUUGGCUGUCGUCGACGUUAUUCCUUGCACCGUGUCCUGCGGAGUUCAGGAACCAAGAGGAAAGCCUCCUCUCCUUGCAUUCAUUUCAUAGGUGUCUGUGAGUGUUUGCUGUGUGAGGUCUCCGUGUCCCUUAGCCAGCGUCCCGAAGCAGUAACAUUUUGUCAGCUUAGUGUACCAAGUAGUAAACUGCUUUGAAGCUGGCCAGAGAUGCCCUCAAAGAGAGUCAGAACCUGUGGGGGAGGGUCUCUGGCAUCAUUUCCUCUCCUUCCCCUCCCCACAGCACAGAUCAGCUCUCUAAAUUCUGUGCUCUACAGAGAUCCCUCCGGAGCUGGGAAACAGCUAGAUUGCAAAAGAAUAAUUGUGUGAAGUCUGGGGGGAAAAAAAGAGGUUCUGCUUCUACAUCGUUAGCUAGAAUAUUGGUAUUAUCUUUACUGUGUUAUCAAGUCUUAAUUUUUCCAGGGGUUUUUGUUUGUUUGUUUUCUAGCUCAUGCUGUGGCAUUCAGUAGUCCUAGGAAUUCCAGCUGUUUUCCAAUCUCCUUUAGAUGGUGUUGCUGGGUGCCAUUUUCAUCCCUUCUGACAAUUUUGCUUCUUGACAUCAACUGAGCCGUUAACCAGUCAAGACGGGCUAAAUCAUCUGAGGUUUUGAUCUAUUCUGCGUUCUUCUGCAUGUAGUUGAGCUAGACUCAGGUGAAUAGAAUAUCAGCUAUUUUAGAAUAGCUGAUAGGGGCAGUGUCAGACUCACCUCUGAACGCCCUGCUUAUGAAAAAGAAAAAUUUUCACAUGAGUCUCAUCAUGCACAGAGACUCCCUUAAUUUGCAAAAAUAAUCAGUCCUAUUUAAACUGUAGAGGUUGGAAGGAAACCUGCAAGCAGAGCUUGUUAAUUACUUGCCAGAACAAAGGAGGUUUAUCGAUGCUGUGAUUUAUAUUAGCAAAUGCUGGCUUGCAAGGUUGAACUUCAGAUGGUAAACAUGGUGGACCAGUGUUUCUCAGCCUUGGCCGCUUGAAGACGGGUGGACCUCAACUAUUAGUAGCUGUGCUGGCUGGGGAAUUCUGGGAGUUGAAGUCCACCCCUCUUCCAGCAGCCAAGGUUGAGAAUCACAGUUGUAAGACAAUCUUGAUGUUCAGAAGGUAACAUUUUUCAAGGAAAGGGAUUCUCCUUGGGAUAUUUUGGCUUGACUAAGAUACCCUAGGAAAAUGCAGUAGGGUGGAAAACUUUGCAUCCAAUUGUGUAUCAGCCUGCCUCUUCCCAAUUUCCAAAUGCCACGUUGGCUAGGAGGCCUGUAAAUUGAAGUCCAGGUUCUCUCCAGGAUACCAAAUGAAGAAGAUGCAUUAGGUAAAUUAUAGAAUAUACCCAGUUUGGUGCAUUUUUCCAUCCACUGUGCUAAGCUGUAGCCCGGGACAUCCAUGGAAAGCAGAAGGAGAACACGUGGAAAGGUUGGCCUCACCGCAGGGCAGAAUCUUUGGCAUGGAUCAUUGAGCCCACAGCUGCUUCCCUCCGUGUAGCUGCAUACACCUCGGGCCUUCUAGGUGGCAGAGGUCCAGUGGAGGACUUAACUACAAAGCCUCUUGAUAGUACAACACGCAGGAUGUUCCCAGUCCUCUUCCUGGAAGAGAACUGAGGGUGUAGCUUUGGUGUAAGGUCAAAUUGGAAGCACAGAAGUCCGAUGCAGCUGCCAGGGCUACGUGGUAGAAUGAAUCUAUACAUGGAUUCUACAGCAUUCAUUGUCAUUCUCAUUUCUAGCUUCCAGGCAAGAUAAUCUCAAGAAUGAUGAUUUAUUUAAUUUUAGGAAAAUGGAAAAAUUGGGUCUAAAGGACGCCCCAGGGGGCUGUUGUGUAACUGUAUGAAAAUUUCUGCAGUCACAGGAGCGAAGCAAAGCGUUUUGCACAUGGAAAGCACAUUGCAGGGAUUUUGAGGAACUCUCUGUACAGCAGAUUUAAGCUUCCAUUGAUACAACCUAGAGCCAGAUUUAUUGCCUUCCUGGGAUAAAUUAUUUAUUCUUUGAAAUAUGGGAAGUGUUAACUCUAGGUCAUUCACUCCAUGGGCUUCACAGGCGUUUCCAAAGUUUGAAGCUGUGCAAUAGAUAUUCUUGAUAUAUUUUGUCUUCAAUUUACAUGCAAUAUUUAUUUAUUUAUUUCGCUUUUAUUUAAAGCUUUAAGUACUUCCAGGUUUUCUAUACUUUUGAGUGACUGAUAAGAAAUGUUGUUUUUUUAAAAAAAAUACGCUAUUGUUUUUCUUUUUGUUUUCUGUAUAUUUGCAAGUGCUCCUAUUCUAGUGAAGAAAGCCUAAUUUAUGUGGUUGAAACCUUUCCUGGAAACUGUGGAUAAAAUACGCUUGCUUGAGAUCUAUAGCCUGAUUUAAAAUGC